CAACCGUGAAACCCGUGAGCCGUGAAAGAUGUUUAAAGAUGGAGGGGGUGAAUCUUGUGCGGUAUUUAACUGUUUUAACAACAGAAAAAAAUUUAUUUGUGGAAGCAGUCUAUCUGCAAACUUCACGGUGACAUUCUCCACAAAGAUUGUCCGUGCAUUGUUCCAUACAGCCUUCACAAGAUGCCUAAAGCGGAGCCCGAAAAACUUCAAUGGCAACGAGCACUGCAUCGCAAUGAUUUGCCGAAGAAUGUGUUUGUAUGUUCAACACAUUUUAUAGAUGGGCGACCAACUGCAAGAAAUCCCAUACCCAGUCUGAAUUUAGGUUAUGAAGCUCCCAUAAAAGUUGGUCGUCGACUUUUGAAAAGGAAGUUUGUUGCAGAACAAAAGACGGAUGGGACAGAAGUUAUAAAACAACAAAAACUGGCUGCUACUGCUGCAGAUGAAGUCGAAACCUUCAACAUUCAAACUGAACCAAACAUGACAUCUUCUUCUGUGCAGACGAGCAUGACAGAAAGCAGAUCUGCAGGCACACAGUGGACGGAUCUCACACUGUGUGAACAUGAAUAUGCAAGAACAUUCCUUGCAGGAUCCAGGAAUUCAGGUACACAAACAAGAGUCAUCAAGAUGGAGGAAAAAGGUGUAAACUGCAACACCUUACACGUACGUCUCAGUGCUGCUGACAUAACUACCAACUCCUUAGCCUUGCUUUACACAGGACUGCCGUUAAAGACUUUUAGAACUCUUUUGCGUGUUAUGGAAAGUUUGAACAACCCACUGACAUUUACUAUGCCUGUGUCAGAUCAAGUCUUACUAGUUCUUAUUAAAUUAAGGCUUAAUUUACUGUUUGCAGAUAUUGCCAACAGAUUUGGUAUAUCUGAGUCUCAUGCAUGCAAUAUUUUUAAUCAAAGACUAUCUUUUAUGGCUUCAAAACUUAAAAACUUAAUAGUUUGGCUUCCACCUUUUUCCUGGGGAUGA